AUGUCCCGGAGGACGCUGGGAGGAGGUCGUGUUUUGGGCACUCCGAGCGCUCUCGCGUCCGCUCCGUCCCCGCAACCCAAGCCAAGGGUGCUUUCGCCGACUACCAGCAGCGUAUCGCUCAGCUCACAGGCAUCUGCAUCUCAGUUCUCUGCAGAAACACAGGAUCUCACCUCGCGCAUCUCCCUGGAGAAUGGCGAUACCUCGAUUUCGGCGCCGCCGGCCGCGCCCGGAGCUCAGCUCUCCUGUCCGAUCUGCAGCGAGGAGAUGGUACGCUCACACCUCGACGACCUCCAUCAGAACCUCGAAGACGAUCGGCAAGAUGAAGUCAAGGACUGGUUCAAGGUGCAAAUGGAAAAGGCGAGACGGUUCCAGCCUCUGGCAGUCUUGAACCAGAAACUGAAAGGCUUGGACGUGUUCGAAUCGAAUGAAAAUCAAACUCCGUCGACUCUUCCCAGUCGCCCCCUCGCAGCCCAUGUCGGGGCGCCGGAACCGCCGAAGCUAUUAGAACCCGAAGACCUCAUCACAAAGGAACACUGGCAGCCCGCUUGUCUUUACGAUGUCUGUCUGGAGCCGUCGUGCGGACAGCGGCUCAAUGCUACCAACGGGUGUGUGAACUGUCGGAAGUGCGGGAAGCUCUUUUGCGAGGAGCACACCAUGUACCAGAUGAAGCUAUCGCGGUCGGCGCAGCACGAGCCCGUGCGAGGCAUAUGGGCCCGAGUUUGUGAAACCUGCUAUAAGUCUAGAGAGGGCUACAAUGACCAUAAUGCUAUUUUACCGCCGGACCAAAUUCAGCCUGGUGCAACCAAGCUGUGGCCCAUCACAUGGCAGAACGAUCAGCGGAAAGCUCUAGAGCAGACCAUUGUCAGUUGGGAGGAUGACGCUAGUGUUUCGCGGUGUCCAUUCUGCCAGCAAGACUUCUCGGGCUAUUCAUUUCGGAGACACCAUUGUAGGACUUGCGGGCGGGUUGUCUGCGGUGAUUCCAGCACGGGAUGCUCCAGCGAGGUUGGGCUAAGUGUCGCACCUGUCUCGAAAGCUUCGACGGAGAAGUCCAGUACGGACGAGUUCAUUAAUGUGGAUGUGAGACUCUGCAAAGACUGCAAGGCCACCCUGUUCGAUCGACGAGACUUCAAAGCCGACAUCACACGCAAGCCCCCGGAGGUCAGGGGGUACGAGAAUUUGGUUCAGUUCGAGAGGGGGAUCCGUCUACACCUACCGAAGUUUCAGAAACUUUUGGCCGCUUUGCAGUAUCGACCACCAUCCUCGGCGCAAAUCGCAGAUGCAUCCAAGGUGCGCAAGCGGCUUAUGGACUCGUUUGCCCAAUAUGACGUUGCAGCGCGGCGCAUCCGUGACAUGCCCACCAAGUCUCCCACCCAAUUGCGAUUACAGAAAGCUAUAUAUCAGCAAGCCAGCAACUUCCUCCAUCUCCAUAUGCUUCCAUUGAAAUCCCUUCCCAAGGUUCUCAAGCACGCCACCCCCUCGGUGGACCGAGUGUCCAGCCGAACCAACUCCCCAAACACUCCGGUGAACGGGUCCUCGGCCCGGCCGUCAGAAUCCGCGCUCGCAUCGAUCAAGUAUAAUAGUGUUACCGCCAGCGGGAGCAACAGCAGUCUUGCCAGUGACACGAGCAGCGCAGUUUCAGCCUUGGAAGCUGAAGAGAAGUCUCUCCGCGACCGGCUGAUCGUGCUGGAAGAGCAGAAAUUCUUCGUGUCUGAGAUGAUUGCCGAUGCCAACCGGCGACGCAAGUUCGACGAAGUGAGCAGUCUCGCCAUGAACGUUGAAGAUCUCAGUCGCGAGAUCGACCGCGUCAAUGGGAUGCUCUCCACCCUGGAUUUCGAGGGUGUCUAUACUGGGAGUCUGCAGUCGAGUGCAUGA